AUGAGUACUGGAGUAAAAUGCCACAGGUCAUGCAUCGAAGCAUUUGAAUGCUUGAAGCGUUAUAAGAAGCACCGGUACAUCCUCUUCCAUAUUGAAGAUGAUAAAGAAAUAAAAGUCCUUUGUCAGGCUGAUAGAACGGAAACGUAUCAUAAUUUCAAGGAUAGUUUAUUAAAAAAGAUGGAUGAAGGUGAAGGAUGUUAUGCAGUUUAUGAUUACGAAGCCGAAGGAAAAUUACCUACUCUAAUAUUCGUUUCAUGGGUUCCGUCUACAUUGGAUGUUAAAAAGAGAAUGAUAUAUGCUGCUUCAAAAAGUGUAUUAAAAUCGAGUUUGAUUGGUAUUAAACACGAAGUUGAGGCGAAUGAUGUGGACGAAAUCGAGGAGGAAGAACUGCGCAAAAAAGCUUCAUAA